AUGGCUAGGCUAGUUGGCCGAGACAAGACAGCACUUUUUCUUCGUUACGGACCCAGAUGUAGAGAAACAAGGAAGCUGAUGAUUGCAUUCCUUGGAGCUCGCUCAGAGAACGGGUAUCUACCCAUAAUUGAGGAAGAGACAUACCGUUAUCUGUAUCGACUAUUUAGAAAUCGGGAAGAUAUAUAUGACAGUAUUAAAAGUCUACCAUCUGCUAUCAUCUUGAAGCUUGUUUAUGGUUACGAGAUAAACUACAAGGAUGACUUCUUUGUGCAACUUGCUGAAAAGCUUGCACAGUUGACAACAGAGGCAACAGAGCCAGGCCGCUGGCUUGUGGAUUCGUUCCCGUUCAUUCAAUAUCUUCCAUCAUGGCUACCAGGAAUGCAAUUCAAAUCCUGGGCUGAGAGUGCUGGCCAAAAGUGUGAAGCAUUUACACAAGCACCUCAUGAUUUUGUAAAGAAGUCAAUGACAAGCGGCCGCUUCAUCCCGAGCUUCACAUCAUUUCAUCUUCAAAGACUUUGUGAACCACAUAGUGAAGAAGAGGAGAUUUUGCAGUAUACAUCAGCAAGUAUGUAUUCAGGUAUUACGUCGGUCACACGACUCUUCUUCCUUAUGAUGACAAGACAUCCUGAAAUCCAGGCUAGGGGACAAAAGGAGUUGGAUGACUUAUUGAGUGACAACCGAUCUCCACGUAUUUCAGACCGGAAAUUUCUACCAUACAUUAACUGUAUUGUAAAAGAACUACUACGAUUCCAUGCUCCAGUGCCAAUCUUGGUACAUAGUCCAGAGAGAAAUGAUGUAUACAAUGGAUACACUAUUCCACAAGGUAUUUUUAUUCUUAAUACAGUAUUGUGUAUGAUGCAUGAUGAAACUGUCUAUCCGGAUCCUCACUCCUUUAAACCUGAACGUUUCAUAAACUGCAAGAUUGAAUUUAGACAGCCUGAUCCGAGCACAUGUGUCUUUGGGUUCGGAAGAAGAUCCUGCCCUGGUCAAAAUUUUGCUGAAGUGUCGCUUUUCAUGACAAUAUCAUGUGUUCUUUGGGCAUUUGAUAUCAAGCCAAUAAACGACUCAUCUGGGGUGCCAUUAGUACCAGAAGUUGCAUUCACAUCUGGCCAUACAUCGUAA